UAGAUCAAUUGAAAUUAGUAAGCGGAAAGGUAUCAUGAUUAAAAUAUCGAAGCAACGCGUCGAAUAUGCGCAAAUAAUCGAGGCAACGAAUCGACUUCGAAGUAUCGAUACCGUCAGCUCGUAUCGCGGCUGUGCAAUUUUGGAUGCUACCCACUGUAGUCGGUUCGAUGUAGCAAUCAUAUUAUUAAACAAUUUAAUUUGUUGUGAUCGACAAAACAUGUGGCUGGAAAUUUAGUGAAGGAGCUGUCGAGAUGAGCAGAAAAAACAACGACCUUUGAAUCGCAUAUCGUCCGGCGUACAAUAUAACCUAUAAAGAUUCUUCAAAGUUGCGGUUCACGUUUUUGCGGGUAUUUCGUAACACGGCCAUAAAGAGUCAAGAACAUUUCCAUUGUGCGUGUAUUAAUCGUCUUAAAACGAAUCAUGUUCGCCGUGCAACUGUCUGGUUUAUUAUCGAAGCAGUUCAACACGAAUUAUGUCCGCGGAGGUACCAGGUUAGCCUCUUCUUUUGGACGGUACGAAAAUUAUGGAAAAUUCCGUGAAUACCAGAAGAGAUUAGCCUUUUGGUUGAAGCAGCAAAGUAGUCAAGUGGCCGAAGCCUGUGCAAGACAGUUUGAAUUUAUCGCGGCACAACGUAUCAGAAGAAGCUUGCAAAUAUUUCAUCUGUACACGCGAAUGUGGGACGAAGUAGCGCUCAAAGAGUUCAUGAAAUCAUGGAAGAAUCGUACGUUAAGGAAUACCAGGCACUUUUUGAUGAGCAGUAUCGGAGUAACGAUGUAUAAUUGGGAUCACGAACGAAUAAGCGAAGACGAGUUGAACAGUUUCCUCGGUAGUUACAAGCAGGAGAUAGAAGGGAUUCACAGGUUAAAAGACUCUACGGUCAUCUGUGCAAAAUGCCAUCAAAGGAUCGUUAUAGACGUCCAGCAGCCUGGUAUAAAGUAUUGUACAUGCUAUGGCAGUAAAUUCAAGGCAACAGUCAAUGAAGGCCCACAGGGAUGGAGGCCUUAUAUAGAACGGGAAGAUAUGCUCAUCUGGAGAAGGGAAGAACCACAGUCUGGAGGACUGUUUUCGUACAAGGUGUACGGUUCAUUCGACGACGUCACCGCAGAGGAUUUUUUACAGACACAAAUAGACGUCGACUACAGGAUGAAAUGGGACUCGACUGCUCGAGAAUUGCGAAUCAUUGACACAGAUCCAAAAUCGCAACAGACAGCUGACGACAGCACCGACAUCAUCUAUUGGGAAACGAUAUGGCCAAAACUGUUCGCGAACAGGGAUUACGUUUAUCAGCGACGGUGGGUGGUGGAUAAGGAGAAGCGAUUGAUCAUAAUAAUUAAUAAAGUAACGGAACAUCCUAGCGUGCCCGUUAAAUCAGGAGUAUACAGAGUCACAACGUACUGGUCGUACAUGGUGAUAAGGCCUUACACAGAAUUUCACCAGCCAGGCAUCGAAUUUGGAUUAACAUAUUUCGAUGAUCCAGGCGUAAAUAUUCCUUCCGCGGUCACUGCAUGGGUCGCUAUGUCAGGACUACCAAACUUUUUAAUUCGCAUGAGACACGCGUCAAAGAACUACCAAAGUUAUAAACGUGACCGAGACGAGGGAAAUAUGUCUAGUGACAAUUAUAUAUCUUUGAACACCGAGGAUUCGAUCCAGGAUAACAUCAUGGACAGCAUCGAUACGACAGAGACGAUGGAAGAGAGUCAAGUGUCGAGUAAAGAGAAGGAAAAUGUCGAUCCAGUCGAUACGUUCACGACGGAUGACGCGCAACAAAAAGAAGAUGACAGUGAAAGCGACGAAAGUUCGGAUUGUACCGAUGCGAGCGACGAAGGCAGAGGUUUAUUUCGACACUUCUUCCCUACGAAAUUAUUUGUCUGACCAGUAAUCGCGGUACAUUUGACGUAAUAGGACCCUUUUCGACUUUUGAUCGGUGAAAAGAUCCUAACGAGACUCUAUGCAGGAAGAUCUGUAACAUAACGAUCGCGAUGUAAAGAUAGAAAAUAUUUAUAAACGAGAGUACGCAUCGGAGAUCGCGUUACGUCGAACGCAGUUGGAACGACGAAUCGUCGAAAGCACAGCAAUAGCCUUUCGAGUGUCGGCUUCCAUAAUCGACGGACACGAGACUGAUUUAUUUUUAUGAUCCAUCUCCCCCGUGUCGCUCAUUCUCGAUACAAGAAUGAGACACGAACAAAUCCGAAAAUAUUCCGAGCUGGAGAAAAUUGUAAGGUAAUUUGUAUUUACGCAACGCGAAGUUUUCCUAUACGAUGGAAUAUCGUGACGAUCAAAAUAUUCCGUUGUAUCAAUGUACACUCGAUUGUAGUAUAAAUAUAAGUAGAUGUACAAAUUACGAUGAAAUUUAUUUUCUACGGGAGUACUCGAUUUUACUUAAUACUAUGUGCAAUGUCUUUUAUCGCUUAAAACGCAAGAGAAAAAACAUUACAAUCCGCAAACGUAACAAAUGUUUCCUUCGGUCCUUAAAAGCAUGUGAGUACCUCGUAUGUGACGUCGCAUGCAAGCACGCACGUUCUAUACUCGUCUCACCAAAAUUUCGAAACAAAACCAUUUAUCGCUGCCACAAUGCAUUUGUUCUAAAACUUUCUUCUCGUGUAUACAACGUUACCAUUUAACUGAUUUUAUUGUUUCGUUGUUAUUUUUACCUUAAUAAAAAACAAAGUGUCUGGUACCAAA